CUCAACACACAAGACAUGAUCAAGCUGGUGACCGUAGUUGUGGUGCUGGCGGCGGCGGCGAGCGCGCAGUUCCCCCCGGGCCCCGCCCCCGGACCUCUGGGCCCAGGUCCCGCUCCCGGCCCCUGGGGGCCCGCCCCUGUGCCGCAUCUUCCGCCUCCACCGCCUCCCCCACGCCCCCAGGUGCCUGCCCCCGGGCCCGGCCCCAGCGCCAUCACCAGUGACUCCACCUCGCAGAUCCACUCGCCGUGGGCCGUCUCGAGCUGGCACCGCAGCCAGACCAUCAUCCGCCCCCAGCCCAUCCCAGUGGGCCUCGUCACCGAGUGAUGCUGCCUCGAACGCAGCUACCCCUGAUGGAGUUCCCCGGUUG